UCGCGCGGCCAGACAUGACGGGUCUGCAGCCGGCCAAGAAGCUGACGCCGUUCUCGGUGGAGGCCCUGCUGGCCGACGUGGUGACUAGCGGGCCCAGGGACGUGCAGGAGGCUCAAGUGACCAGCUCGUCGAGCAACGUGGAGCCGGACUUGUGCCUGCCGCCCGAGCAAGCGCUCCACUGGGGAGCCGCCUGGUUCACGCGAUCCUCCCCCGCGCCCGGUCAUCUCGAGACACCCGGAGGGCCCUGCAAGCUGCCGGCGCCGGUCAAGUGCCAGCUGCGCAAGCACAAGUCCAACCGCAAGCCGCGCACGCCGUUCACGACUCAGCAGCUGCUCUCGCUGGAGCGCAAGUUCCGCGCCAAGCAGUACCUGUCCAUCGCCGAGCGGGCAGAGUUCUCCUCGUCGCUGAGCCUGACGGAGACGCAGGUCAAGAUUUGGUUCCAGAACCGGCGUGCCAAGGAGAAGCGGCUCAAGGAGGCCGAGAUCGAGCGGCUUCGCAUGGCCGCGCGGCCCCCCGUGCUGCCCUUCUUCGGACCGUUCGGCGCGCUGUGCUCGGCACCCGGCGCUGCGCUCCACGCGCCAGUGUUCGCGCCAGCCAUGUUCGCGCCACCGCCCCCUGCCGAGCGACAGCCGCCGCCGUAGCCACCAGCGGAAGAAGACUGCCACCUGUA